AUGGCGGAUGGCGGCGGUGAUGCGCACAGGGCCGGGCCGGGAUUCGAUCUUCCCGACGAGAUACUGUCCGUGAUGCCGGCGGACCCCUUCGACCAACUGGAUCUGGCGCGUAGGAUCACGUCCAUGGCUAUCGCGUCGCGGGUCACGAAUCUGGAGUCGGAGGCGGGGGGCCUCCGGCAGAAGCUUCUGGAGAAGGAAUUCUACGGUCGGGAGCUCGAGGACAAGGUUUCGAGGCUCGAGGAGGCGUGUCAGGACGCGGAAUCGCGGCUGAAGAUCGCGCAGGAUGAUAAUAUGAAACUUAUGAAGGAGAGAGAUUCUUUCGCGUCGAUGGCAAAGAAGCUCAGCCGUGAUGUAGCCAAGUUGGAGGCUUUUAAGAGGCAAUUGAUGCAGUCACUAAAUGAUGAAAAUUCUCCACAAGCAGAAACUGUGGACAUUGGCAUUUACGACCAAUCGGCCUCCAAGGGACAUUCGAAAACUGGGGAGGAGCCUAACAGCCAUAGAUCACAGUAUUCCAGUAACUACUCUAUCGACAGCACAAGCAUAAACGACGAUGCCUCUAAACAAGCUGGGAAAGGACUCAUUUUGACACCGUUCAGAAAAUCGGGACUUACCCCAACUGGAACCCCAAAAUCAAUAACCAGUGUGUCCCCGAGAUGGUACUCGGCUGCUGGUUCCCCUCAGAGAAACUCGGGCCAUGCUUCGCCAAGGACUCGAUUUGAGGAGUGGGAUGGGUCAAUCUCUUCUUACCUUCCAUCCAGCCAGCAGUCAUCCACAGCUAAUUCUCCCCCCAGAGCACGCCCCUUGCAUUCAAGAACUAGAAUUGACGGGAAGGAGUUUUUUCGUCAGGCCAGGAGUCGUUUAUCGCUCGAGCAAUUUAGCGCAUUUCUCACCAACAUAAAGGAAUUCAACGCGCAAAUUCAAUCUCGGGAGGAGACGCUGAGAAAAGCAGAAGAGAUUUUCGGAACAGAUAAUAAGGAUCUCUACGUAUCAUUUCAAGGGUUGCUUGUCCGCAGCACACACUAA